AUGACCGCCAGCGUUAGUUAGAUGUUUAUUUAAUGAAUGUUUUAGUACUGCUCUUGGUAAUUUUGAAUAAAAUACAUUAAAUAAAGCAUAAGUCGACGCUGAUAUACCUCACACAUAUGUUAGUGUCGGUUUCCUCUAGCUUUGAAGCAGUGAGAGUGUGUGAGUGUCUGGUAAAUACGCGCUCGUGCUGUGAGGGGGGAUGGGAUGGGGCCACUCAGAGCUCUCGUGCUCCACUAACUCAGCGCGCUCAUUAAUCCCAGCUUUCUCCUUUAUAUCGAUGCUGUCUUAAAUUAAAAUUAAUUUUCCCCGUUACCGCAUGUGUUACGUGGCACCAGAAAAGCAAAAAGUAUUUGUCUGCGAUUGAGUUUUGGUGCAGAAAGCGUUUAAAAUGUAUCCCAUUGGAGCAGCUGGUGCUGCUGAGCUGUGUCAGGGACAUCAGUCUUCAGGGUCAGAUGUUUCUGCUCCCCUGUCUCCUCCGGCACAAGAGUAUGUCUUCAAACCACCUCAACGGCCAGACUUUGGCACAAUGGGUCGGACAAUCAAGCUUCAGGCCAACUUCUUUGAAAUGGAAAUACCCAAGCUGGAGGUGUACCAUUACGACAUAGAUAUAAAGCCCGAGAAAUGCCCACGGAGAGUAAACCGUGAAAUUGUUGAGCACAUGGUCCAGCACUUUAAGACGCAAAUCUUUGGAGAUCGAAAGCCUGUGUAUGAUGGAAGGAAGAAUCUCUACACUGCCAUGCCUUUACCCAUUGGAAGAGAAAAAGUGGAACUGGAGGUCACAAUUCCAGGUGAGGGAAAAGACAGGAGUUUUAAAGUAGCUAUCAAAUGGAUGUCCUGUGUGAGUCUGCAAGCUCUACAUGAAGCACUGACUGGACGGCUACCAAACAUCCCUUUUGAGACCAUUCAGGCUCUGGACGUUGUCAUGAGACAUUUGCCCUCUAUGAGGUACACCCCAGUCGGACGUUCAUUCUUCACUCCCUCUGAGGGCUGCUCCAACCCCCUCGGUGGAGGAAGAGAAGUCUGGUUUGGCUUCCAUCAGUCUGUUCGACCAUCCCUCUGGAAGAUGAUGCUCAACAUUGAUGUGUCUGCCACUGCGUUCUACAAAGCUCAACCUGUGAUUGAGUUCAUGUGUGAAGUUUUGGAUUUUAAAAGCAUUGAAGAGCAACAGAAGCCUUUAACGGAUUCCCAGAGAGUGAAGUUUACCAAGGAAAUCAAAGGAUUGAAGGUUGAAAUCACUCACUGUGGACAGAUGAAGAGAAAAUACAGGGUGUGUAAUGUGACUAGGAGACCAGCCAGCCAUCAAACGUUUCCCUUACAGCAAGAGAAUGGUCAGACUAUUGAAUGCACUGUCGCCCAGUACUUUAAGGAUAAGUACAAACUGGUGCUGCGAUAUCCACAUCUCCCAUGUUUACAAGUUGGUCAGGAGCAAAAACACACUUACCUUCCAUUGGAGGUCUGUAACAUAGUAGCCGGACAGAGAUGCAUCAAAAAACUGACAGACAACCAGACCUCCACUAUGAUACGUGCCACAGCCAGGUCUGCGCCUGAUCGCCAGGAUGAGAUCAGCAAACUGAUGAGAAGUGCCAACUUCAACACAGAUCCUUAUGUGCGUGAGUUUGGAGUUCUGGUUCGAGACGAGAUGACUGAGGUCAAUGGUCGGGUCCUUCAGGCACCUUCAAUUCUCUAUGGUGGAAGGAACAAAGCAAUAGCAACCCCAGUCCAGGGUGUGUGGGACAUGAGGAACAAGCAGUUCCACACAGGGAUUGAGAUCAAAGUGUGGGCUAUUGCCUGCUUUGCCCCGCAGAGGCAGUGUACAGAACUUCUUCUGAAGGCAUUUACUGAUCAGCUCCGUAAGAUUUCACGUGAUGCUGGGAUGCCCAUUCAGGGCCAGCCGUGUUUUUGCAAAUAUGCCCAGGGAGCAGACAGUGUGGAGCCCAUGUUCAAACACCUCAAGUACACAUACCAAGGCUUACAGUUGGUGGUGGUCAUUCUACCUGGGAAGACUCCAGUUUAUGCUGAGGUGAAGCGUGUUGGAGAUACUGUUCUUGGCAUGGCCACGCAAUGUGUCCAGGUGAAGAAUGUACAGAAAACCACACCUCAGACCCUUUCAAACCUCUGCCUCAAGAUUAAUGUCAAACUGGGUGGAGUCAACAACAUUCUUCUUCCACAGGGCAGGCCCUUGGUGUUUCAGCAACCAGUCAUCUUUCUGGGUGCAGAUGUGACUCAUCCACCAGCUGGCGAUGGCAAGAAACCCUCAAUUGCUGCUGUUGUUGGCAGUAUGGAUGCCCACCCAAGCCGAUACUGUGCCACGGUGCGGGUGCAGCAGCACCGUCAGGACAUCAUUCAGGAUCUAGCCACCAUGGUGAGAGAGCUGCUGAUCCAGUUCUACAAAUCCACACGCUUUAAACCAACACGCAUAAUCUACUACAGAGAUGGCAUCUCAGAGGGCCAGUUCAACCAGGUUCUACAGCAUGAACUGCUGGCUAUUCGUGAAGCCUGCAUCAAGCUGGAGAAAGAUUAUCAACCAGGCAUCACCUUUGUAGUAGUGCAGAAGAGACACCACACCAGGCUCUUCUGCAUGGACCGGAAUGAGCGGGUUGGAAAGAGUGGCAACAUCCCUGCCGGCACCACAGUUGACACCAAAAUUACUCAUCCGUCUGAGUUUGACUUUUAUCUUUGCAGUCAUGCCGGAAUUCAGGGAACCAGCAGGCCAUCCCACUAUCACGUGCUGUGGGACGACAACCAUUUCACCUCUGAUGAGCUGCAGGUCCUCACCUACCAACUGUGCCACACAUAUGUGCGCUGCACCCGCUCUGUCUCCAUUCCUGCACCAGCCUACUACGCUCACCUGGUGGCGUUUCGUGCUCGCUACCACUUGGUUGACAAAGAACAUGACAGUGCUGAAGGCAGUCAUACGUCAGGUCAAAGUAAUGGUAGAGACCAGCAAGCCCUGGCCAAAGCUGUGCAGAUCCACCAGGACACUCUGCGUACCAUGUACUUCGCCUGAACAUAGCCAGAAACAAGCCCUACAUCCUGAAAACAGCACGGUGUGUGUGUGUGUCUGUGUAUUUUUAUGUGUCUGCCUCAAUUGUAUAAAUGAGAACCUUCAAAUGGGGGAAAAAACAAGAAUCGCCAUACUGUUAGGUUUCCAAUUGCCCACGUAGUCAAUUUCCGUACAAGCUAAAUAUCCAUGAUUUUUAGAACAGUAAUAUGUGAAUUUAAAUUAGCUUUUUUUUUUCUUUUUUUUUGGAGGCAUGGUUAUGUCUCUGUUAUACAUGUGCAUGUCAGAUUAGAGGUUAACAUGUUUACAUAUAGUCAAUCCAAAAAUUCAGACUAUUUUUACACUGAAAGUAACAUUUGCAUCCGAAUGGGCUUGAUUCAGUACUAUAGCCAAGGCUGGUGAUGGAGACUGUCCAACAGUAGUUUUUACAAACUCAUCAAACCAAUGGGUUCGGGUUAGUUUAGAACAGCACAGAUCAGGUUUAGGGGUUGUGGGGUUGCAGUUUCCACAGCUAAAUUAUUUAUCAGCAAAAGCAAGUGCACUGACCAGAUGGGGACUUCAGGACAAAAGUACUUAUCCUGUUUUGUUUCAUUUAUUUGUGCUAAUAUGAAUUUUUUAUCAUGGUGUCAUUGUUCAGUCCAGUGCUCAGUCAUCCUACUGUACCUGCCCGCCAAUGACAUGAUGGGCCGAGCAUGAUCAUGUGCUUGUAUCAUGAAAUUUGAACACAGUAUGUGCAGAAUCAAGAAUGCAUUUGAAAGUGAGAAUGUAGGAAUUGUUCUGACAAUCAGUUUUCUGGCGCUCACAUGACACUGGUUCUCAUUAAUGACACCCUCCGUUUACCUGUGCCAGGGUUCUCAAUGCAGAAACAGCUCUGGAAUAUGGGUAAUUGUCAUGAAAAGUACUAAUAUCUUGGGGCUCUAAGCAUUUAGAUGAGAUUAUCUUGUACGUACUUUUAAAUUCUUCUGCCAUGAGCUUUUUUAUUUUUUUAUUUUUUCUGAUUGUAAUGUAAGGUUUCAGCGGGUUGGACGUGUCUAAGUUAAAUUUCUAAAACAUGUCAAAAACACCUUUUAAGGAAAAAAUACCAUCACCUUUCACUUAAAGCACCUGUUCUGAAAUUGUUAUGAUGUUGUCAAAUCUUCCCCACAUUGAAACGCAAAGCCAGUUUUGUGCUGAAUAUUGGGGAAUCUGGAGCCCUGGGAUUUUCUUGGUUCUGUGCGUGGUUUCUUAUAGUGAAGUCUGACUGUACUUCGCCUACCAGGUUUAAGCUGUCAUCGCACUCCAGCUGGCCAUACAGGCAAUUGAAGAAUAAUACUAAUACAGUUGCAUUGACACAAAAUCAGUGAAAAUUUCAAAUGCACCUUAGUUGUUUUUUUUUUGUUUUUUUUACCAAGAAUCUGAGGUUAGAGAAAUAGAGGUUUUCAUGAGAAUAUUACAAAUUCCUUUUUUAACAUUCAAGAUGUAUUCUUUUUAGAUAUAUAAAACUAAAUUAAUUUAGCAGAAUCUAUUUUUUCUUUUUGAGACUUUUUGUAGAGUAACGGUGGGGCCAUUAGCCGAGUAGUUGUUAGCCGAAUAGAAAAGGUAUUUAGUUUGAAUCCAAACUUAGUUCAGAUUGAAGCGCAAUACAUCAUAUGUGAGUCGGUAAACUGUUUUCAUGUAAACAGUCUUAUCCCUUCUAAAGCAUAUCAUUGUGAUGUGUAGUGAUUGUUUCAGUCUUGUUAGUGAAGUAACUGUAAGAUCACUUCCCCCAAAUAAUUCUUCAAUUCUAACUUGAAAUUCUUGAAAUUUUGAACCAUCUUUUUCUAACUAUGCAUUCUUAACCAAGAGAUUUUAGUGGUAUGUUUGUGUAUAUGAAUUAUAAAUAUAGAACAUUUGUAAUGUAGUCAUUUUCAUGCUGGGUACUUUAGUAGUGUAAAUAGUGCAAAGCCUGUACCCGCUGUAGCAGUAUUAGCUUACAAAAUACUCUAUUUUUAUUAUCAACAAUUGGAUGUUCUUUCUAUGGCUCUCAAUUAUUCCUGUUAGCCGAACAAGAUUACAUAUGUACUUGUGGUUAAUGUCCUACCAUAACUGAAGCACAAUAAGACAUUAUAAUUGUAGGUGCUAGAGUUUAUUCUUGAGACUGCCAUUUUUUAAGUAUCUUGUUUGACUUCAGCUUUUAAACAAGAAUCACAGACUGGUGGUCAGAGAACUUAAUGGGUAUGUUUGGUUUUUGAUCUGGCGAAAUCUAUGACUUUGGACCCUGAAACCCUGGCCCUUCUCUUUCUAAAUCCAACAGGCUGCGUAUAAGGGGCAUUUUAAUUUAUCUUCAAAUACUUGAUUAGAGUUAUGUUGUUAUUUGGCGCUGAUCUCGUAACUUGUGAAAGUAGAUGCACUUUGAAGAGCAAUGGACACAGACCCCCAGUUCCUGUGUGUAUCUGGAUCACGAGUGUUGUUUGGGUGCAGUUGUGUGGAAAUGUCUAGAUGUCCUACCUCCUGUUACCUGUUACUUGCAUAAUGGUAACAUUACCGCACUGGUCAUUUCCUCAUAAUUGCACUAAUAGGGAACUUGUCUUUUCAUCCCUCUGUAAGUGAAGGUGGUAGAUGUCACAGAAAAUCUUGAACACUUGCUCUAAAAGGCAUCUCGAAUUCAUAUUUGUUCAGAGGCCAUUCCUGCUGGCAUUUAGCCUAGAUGAUUUAGCAUUGCUGUUGUCUUUUGAUGGUAGUUUAAAGUGAUGUAUUCAAAGUGCUGCAAGUUUCCGACAUGAAUCCCAAAUAUCAUUAUAUGCUUUCCAUAAAUAAGUGGCUUGAUGCUUUAAAUGUGCUCCGUAAGCUAUAAAAAUAUUCAUAAAUGUGUGGUGUGAAUUUCAGUUUCAUAAUUUUUUGUCCUUUUUAAAUUGCAGCGCAUUUUUGCUUUAUACAUAUAAUUGUUUGAGUCUCAUGUUGCCGUUUUUCUUUUUUUCUUUAGGUUUGAAUAAUAGUAGGCUAUUUAUCAUACAGCAACAAAAACGAGAGAUGAAAUCAUUGCUCAACCUACUACUUCUAGAUAUUCUCUGGAACAAUCAGAUUUCUUUAAAACCAUUCGUUUCAUCCUCAUGACCUGCUUUAUUUAGAUGUUUUUAGACGUUACUGAGAUUAAGUAUUUUAACCUUUUAAAAAAAUUCAGCACCUUAGUCACAGGUCUACAACAUAUGCAAUUUCUCAAGUGUGAAAUAUGAGAUGUUUUUGCACUAUAUCAGAAGUGGUGUUUCUAAUUUGCAUUCUGGAGGACAGAUUGUAAGAGAAGAACCAUCGAUAUUAGAAUAGUCUUGGCUUUAUUUCUUUGUUCAUAUACAAUCAUAUUGGCACUAAUCUAUUAAAAGUUAACAAACGUGAGAAGGUCUUGAGUUCUUACACUAUGCAAAAACUCAUUUCCAUUCAGAGCAGUCCCUCUGUUUAUAUAUAGGGGUCAAAUUGUCGGAUUUUGUCUGUGAAAUCUGUCAUGCAUACCAAAUUGAGUUAGGGACUCUGAGUGAACGCAAGCCUCACUUGUGUGUGAGUGGUGUUUUUUUUUUCUUCCAUUCCCUCCUUCCACAAUACAAUCAACUGAUGUUUUUAGCAAUCUGACGCAAAUGCUCGAUUCAGAUAAAUCCGUUCAAAUAUCUGUGAAUGCAAAUGUAAUGGAGGCCAAGGAUUAAGGGAGGAGAAUGAAGUAUGGUGCUGGUUUUGCAAGCUUGUCGUGUUAAUCUAUGCUGCAGCAUCUCUGUUUCAAUUCUUAAGAGGCACACACAGUGUUAACAGAAAAUUGAAAUGGUGCCUCAAUUUCCCUGGAAACUUUGAAAUAUUUAUCAUUGUUAUUCCAUUUACAUUGUCUCUUUGAGUCGUCUUUUCUAGAGUAUUGUCUUUUUCCUGCUUGAGUGAAGCUUGUAUAUUGCUUGGCGAAGUAUCUUUCCAGCUUUGUGUGGGGUAACCGUGUCCACAUGACUCUUCGCUUUACACCUUAUGAUUUGAAUAAAACUAGUUAGCUGUGUUGAUUCUUAGUUGGUGCCCGAUGACUUUCAGAUUUUAAUUUCAGAAACAUAUAUUUUAUUCAUGCCAGACAAAUAAAAAAGCCAGUCUCAUCAAAAGAAUUGUGCCCCUGAGCUUGAUGAUCAGAGGUGGUCUUUUAACCUUAAUAAACAUUGCUAAUGUAUUUGCAUUAGAACUUUGCACUAUAGUGUUCUGAAGCAGAAAUGUAAGCCUCUCUCUACAUAACAUUGUAGUUUUGUUACUGUACUCUUUGCUUUUUAAUUCCUAAGGUGGCAAGUUUAAAAUGGGCUACCUUAUGACCUGCUAAAACCAUAAGGAUACAAACGAACAGUUUGAAUGUACUUCAUACGCCUGCAUACUGGUUAAGAACAUCCACCUUAUUUUCACCGGUUUGCUCCACUUUUUUUAUUUAUGCAUGCACAUUUUAAGGUUUUUAUCCAUGAACUGUAUCUCACCAUUCAUGGUUGUGAUGUACUAAACUAACACAUGGGUAGUUUAUUCAGAAUACACACUGGCACAAAGAUCCUCAUAUCUCUGACGUUUGUGGUGCUGUACUGUAAAAAGUGUACAUAAGGCAGUGUUUUGAGCUAUACUAUAACACCCGUGUUCACUUAUCUACCCAUUAAGCCAAAUUCAUUUUCACUGAAGCCCUGCCCUCAUUGUGUGCACAAACUAAACCUCUGCUCAGUUUCAUUACAGAUCCGUUGCCAUUCAUGUAGUUGUUUAUUGGGUUUCAAAACACUUUUUAGGAUUUUGUCCACCCUUCCUAAAUCCUAAAGUAGGUUGGAAAACUAGACUAAAAGGACCAAAAUUGAAGCAUGUUGUGAGGGAUAAAAAUAUUGCAAAGUGUCCUGUCGAAGAGCACAGUUCCAUUAGUUCAUUACAUGCCAACAUGUUAUUUAUUCAAAUAUGAGCAUGCAUAUAAGAUGAAAAUGGGGUCUUGAGAAUAAUUGAGAGCUUCAUCAUGACCUGGCUUUUUAAACCAACUUUGAAAACUACCUCAAUAGUGUCAGGUGCUAACAUUUGAAAUAUCCCUUAUACAUAUAUGUAUAUGUGCUCAUGACAAAGAACAAUAAUUGUGACCAAACAACACAAGCCUAUACUGUGUGUUAAGUCUUUAGUUUUCUUCCAAUCUUUUUUUUUUUUUAAGCGAUUUUACAUUUGUUUUAUGGUGGAUCAAUAUGAGGGAUGUUUCAGCAUGUAACAAAAUUUCAGGGGACCAAAAUAAAUGAUUUGAAAGCUUCCCUUUUUAAAAUGUAGUGAUAAAUACUCAUCAGCUUUUAGAAGUUUAUUAAAACCAUUUUCCCACUGUAGCCUUUGAGUGCAGCUGUUCUCAAAUUCUCUAGUUGUAUUUGAGAACAAAUGAGAAUUCAGGCCAGGAUAAUUGCCAAAACGGUGGUGAAGUUGGUGUAGUUCUUUUCUGGAUCUUGACUGAGUUGAGUUGAUUUGUUAUGUGGCAGUGUCAUCCCCAUGUCCAUCACUAGCAUUGUGCCAUAUCGUGGAUAACAUACUAGACAAGAAACGUCCAAUGACCCCUCCUGUGUGUUUAAUGUAUGUUCGGGGGAAAACUGACAACAUUUUCUUAUGAAGCAGCUUGUCAACCUGUGUCAAAUGGCAAUCGUUGAGCUUUACUGUCUUUGGAGUGCCAGCACUCCACUUGAUUCUUCUACUUGAUUUAUAUCCAGUAUUGCAAUAAAGAUGUUUGGCACUCAUUCGACCCUGAUCCGUUUGAUGAACGUUCUGUGACGAGUCUGCGAUAAGCUAUUUGUAUUUAAACGUUGUCAUGUGAGACUUCGGAGUGCUAUUCAUCGCGGUUGACAUCUGUUUACCUUGCUACAUUUUAUGAAGGGAAUUCAAUUUUGAUUUGAUGUCUCUCAGACUGAUAAAGGAUACAUUAAGCAUCCUAAUACACUGGCAUUUGAGUUUCUUGAGAGAUCAAUAUUAAGGUACAAAGUGGUUCUAUGGAAAUCAUUCACGUUCUAGUUUUCCAUCGGCGAGCUUAAAAACUCUUUUGUGUCGUAUGUGUGCCUUUUUAAAAUCUCUCCCACCCCUGAUCAAGGGACUAUCCUUUUCAUUUGAUCCUCAGCGCCACAUUGAAUAAUUUGUACAUUUAUCAUGCAACCUUGAGUGAAUGCUGCAUAGAAUGAUCAGUAUUUGUAUUUUGCACUUUCUAAGCAGUUUUAAAGGAUGCCCUGUUGUAACUGGGCACACAGACUAAGACUAUUUAAGACGAGGUAUUUUCUGCUACAAUAGGAAUUCUAAGGAACCAGAUGACGACUUGGUCUUUUCGAAAAAUAAAGUGUAUAGAUGUGAAGUACCUCAUAAGCCUGAUAAAUGCUGCAUAAACUUCAUUUAUUGUCUUUUGUGAACCUCAUUUCAAACAGUUUCCCCUAUAGAGAGGUUUGAUGCCCGCAAGCUGUGCAAGCAUUUUCUGAAUUAUGUGAUUUGACCAUUUUAAAGAUUAGCAGCGAUGCAGUUCUGACAGGUUCACUGACAUAAUACAAUAUUACCGAGCCUCAGUCUAGCUUGGACAUUGCUGAGUUGAUCAUGACUAUUAGAUAUGUUGUGACGUCUUGCAGUCAAAAGUUACAGUUGACUCAGGUAUUGCCAUUAAGGGCUGUAUCUGCUAUUGCCUCUCAUCCUCAAUCCCCUCACCUGUGUCUUAAUGUAGCCUUAGGACUGCAUUUAUGGAUGGAACAAAGUAUAUCUGGCCUUAAAAUAUGCACUAUUAACCACAACAUGCAAGUCACUACAAAUCAGGCCAUACGUUUUUGCCAUAAACUACCUCCUGAGAAUGUAGGAGUGUCCUGGAACUGACAGACAGUUUUUUGUUUUUUUGUUUUUUUUUUGCAAAUUGUACUCUAAGUUGACAAUCAUCUUUUUUCAAACAAUAACAAACAAUUGUAAUUCCAGGACACUCUUCUUGUUGUGUUUUUAACCAUAUUCAUGCAAGUGAUGGAAAAGCCAAGUGACCAAAGUUUCUAUUCGAAGGCUUUCUUGCACUGCAUUGUGGUGUCAAACCUCUCUCACAUCAGCAAUUUAUCUUUCAUUUAACCUUGUGUUUGCUCCUUUAUAACAUGCCAAAUUAAAUUUGCUGUCAUUCCUGUCAUGAAUUUUCAUUUCUGAUUCAUGUGUUUGCUUUCACUGCUAAGCUCCUUGUUGUUGUUUUUUGAUAAUGUAAAGUGUGAGCUUUUCCUUUUCCUUCUUUCUUUUCUUGUUUUUUUUUUUUUCUUUUUACAAAACAAAAUUACAAACCAAGAUAUGCUGUAAACCCUGCUAAGACAUAAUGUGAAAACGUAUCAUUUAAUAUAGCUCACUUUUGCUUGACAGUGUAUUGCGUCAUUUAAUAAACUUAAUUUCCUCUGA